CUGCUCUCCAACAAAACAUGUAAGGAGCGUUUUCUCCUCCUCCCCUCUCUCUCCUCUCUCUCUCUCUCUAGCCCUAUCUCCUCAUCUCAAAUCCCCCAUUUUUUCUAGGGUUUCUUCCAAUCUCAGCUCCAAACAUCACAAUUCAACUCAAAAUACUACUUCUCUCUCUCCCCCAUCCUUCAAGAUCUACCUCGGCAAAAGAAGCGAUGCAUUCGGGUUUCGAAAUCACCGGCAUCCACCACCCGCCGCAGCAGCAACCCGAGAACCCACUUCUACUAUCCAUGAACCCGACCCAUAUCCUCGACCAAAUCCACACUUCCCAACAACCACUACCCCUCCACCACCUCCUCCCACCCCACUACCCCCCCUCCCCCUUCUUCCCCCUCAACUUCAAGCUCGGCCUCAACGACAUUCACUCAACUUCCUCCGCCGCCGCCAACAGCGGCGGCGGAGAUGCCUUGCUUCGUGGGAGUCAGCAAUACCAUCUGCCCGAGGCCCGACAAUCCUCUCUCGGAAUGCUCCACUCACAAUUUUGGGAACCCCUUCCAGCAGAAGUAUCCAAUGAAAACAGUGAAAUAGUGAGGCGGAGAGAAGCUCUAGCGACCUGUUUGGACGCCAAGAGUAGAGCACAUUUCAGCGAGCUGGAAGCCGUAUACAAACGUCACGGUAAUGCUGAAGCCACCCAAACAGCCCCUAACUUAACAACAACACCACCACCACUGCCCGAAGAAGAACCUUCCAGAACCGAACCGAAGAAGGCGAAGAGGAAGAAGAAGAAAAAAGCGACGGAUUCGGAUCCGCAGCAAAUCACUCCGAUGGAGGAAUUCUUCGAGAAUCUGGUGAAGCAGGUGCUGGAGCACCAGGAGAAUCUGCAGAGGAAAUUCACGGAGGUGAUCGAUCGGCUGAGCGAGGAGAGGAGAGCGAGGGAGGAGGCGUGGAGGAGUCAGGAGCUCGCGCAUCUCGAGCGCGAGGCGGCGGCGAGGGCGCACGAGAAGGCGAUGGCGAAGAGCCGCGAGGCGACGAUCGUUUCCUAUCUGGAGAAGAUUACAGGACAGCGGAUUAAUAUGCCGACGCCGGAGAGCGCGGCGGCGAACACCAGCGACGACUCGAAUUGCGGAGGCGGAGAGGAUCGAGAUCGGGAUUGAGGGAAGUGAUUUGAGCUGGUAAAUUAAAAUGCGCUUUUUACGGUUGCAGAAGAAUCGCUGUUUGGUUUUUGUAAUCUAGAAAUUUAGGCGAAGAUGAGAACUGAUAUAAUUUAACGACUAUUAAUUACGUUUAGUUAA